UUAUAGUAACCAUAAAUGUUACUGUCUUUAUAUUAUAAAUGUGUUCUAUCAAUGUUAAUAGACAUUGUAGUCUGUAGAAAAAAGUAAAAUGAUAUAUAGUUUUUGACGCCAAUUUUAAAAAAUUUACAAUUAGAAACAUUGGUUUCGAUAAUACAAUUCUUCAAGAAUAUAAAAAGUGCCAAUCGGCUGUUGUGUGACUUCCGAAAAUUGUAGAAAUUAAGGUCUGCGAAAAUUACUUUUCAGUUGUUAAAUAGCUUUACAGAAUGAUAAAAACUACAUUUUCACAAAGUUUCAAUUUUUCAUUCUCAAAAUAUGUUUGGCAAAAUAUAGGCGCCUCUUGCAUUUUAGAUCUAAAACAAGUUUAAUGUUUAUAUUAAUUUAUUUCAUUUUAUACUAUUGUAGGUAUAUUUAUAACAAAAUAAUAUAUUGAUUUCUUGAUCAAAGCAAUGAAUCCGCUCGUCUGAUUGAAAUCGAUUUCGAUAGAAAUCUUCUUCGUUUAAAUUUUUCAUCCGUUCGCGCUCUAAUAUCUAAUCGAGAGUUGUAGUUGAUUCGAUAAUCGAUUUGUACGAAACAUUCAGCUUUUGAACCGAUUCAGUGCUAUAAAAAGGACGUUCAAGUGUAUUUCGGCAAUGACUUCUUUCUUCGGCUAAAUUAACAAGAAUAUGGUUCACGAUAUUGUUUCGCAAACACAAAACGGUGUUUUAAAAACGAAACGCGUCUAAGAAGAUUGCUAUUAUUUUGAGAAAGUAAAGGGUUAGACCGAAGAUUUUCAAGACUUUUGUUGAUGAAAUUUUGAAUCGAAGAUGAGCUGCGAUUUGCUACCAGAAUGGCUGAAUCUUUUCUUGGACGACGUAGAAACUACUUUAUGUUUACCGAUAUUGAUCAUCAUGGUUCUUUGUACCGUUCAAUUUAUAAUUAAUCACGCUAUGGAUAUUGGACUCACCUUUUAUCAAAAUGUAAUGCAGAAGUCGGAUGAAGACGCAGGGGAAGCUGGAAAAGAAAAGGGCGAAGAUUUAAUGAGCAAGAUCAGAGGGUUUUUAUGCGACAUUUCUUGCGGCUUUAAUAAUUCUGAUUCGAAACCGGAUGAUUACCCAGCAGCAUCGUUGUUUAGGUCAAACUCACAAGAAGAGGAAUGGGAUUAUUGCGAGGAAGACGACGAAGAUAAGUGACAAAUAUGCAUCGCAGGAAAAAUUACGCUCUUAAUCGAUAAGUGCUACAGUAAAACUUUUAUAAGCAUGCAUCCCAAAAACGUUGAUUUCGAAGUGGUACUAUAUUAAACUCAAUAAACGGUAUAUGAAAACUAAUACGAUGAAAUUAAUAAUAAAGAGGAAACGAGAAUGGAUCAGAAUUACAG